CUUGAAAUGUCAUUCAAAAUUAGGUUAAAAUUUUCAGUGAAUUAAAUUUUUUGGCAUGGAUAAGAGAAAUUUUAAGAAAACAGAACAGACAGACAGAAAACAGGAGAAAAGGGAUAUAAAAAAGGCAGAGAAACCAGUUAAAAGAGUAUUUGAUUUUGACACUAACGAUGGUAAAGUUCCACAGGACAAAUUGGACCCAAAGAAAGGCGAAAAACAAGCUAAGAAAGUAGUUUUUUCUAUAACAAAUGAUAGUAAAAUAUACCCAGACAGGGGAGACUUGAAGAAAGCCGAAAGGCUACCUAUAAAAGCAAUAAAUGCAGUUGCAAAUGACGUGAAGGUUCAUCCAGAUAGAGGGGAUUCUGAUCGCAAAAUAAUAAAAGUAGAGAAACCUAAGCUUACCGUGAUCGUGAAGAAAGAGGAAACUAAAACUAGACCAGAAAACCUCAUCUCAAAAGAAAAUGUAAAGAAACCUGAUACAGACGUGAACAAAAUAGCUGAUGAUAAACGUAAAAUAAGAGAGAAAUACACUUUGAAGAAGAGCCCUUUACAAGUUAUUCCUAAUGUUAUGAAGAAGGAAGAACUAUUGAAAGUAGGAAAUAAUAUCAAACCAACAGUUGCAGAAGUUAAAAGUGAUCGACCUCCCAAAAAGCCCAGCGACGUUCCCAAAGAAAAAUCCGACGAGUCCAACGAAUCUAAACAAUCAGUAACCACAAAUAAUCCACCAAAACCAGAAAAGAAGGACACAGUCCAACGAAAACCCAUCAUCAGAACGAUCGCUUCGAAGAACGAUACGAAAGUAUACAAAGCAGUUACAUUUGUAGAUCAGAAGAAGAAUAAGCCUACGUUGUUACUAAAAAUACCAAACGAAACGGUGAAGAACUCUAAAAAUGUAACCGAGGGUAGUGUGAAUUUGAAGAAGAUUACACUGAGUAAAGAAAGCAUAAAAGAAAAGCCUCUGAAGAGGAAAGAGAGACGGAAGAAGGACAAGAGAUCCCGGAGGAUUGCCUCCCCAGUUCUUUCAGUCAAAGCUAGGUCACCACCAACUGAAGUAGCUAAAUGGGCACCCUCAAGCAUUAACAGGCACACAAAACCGUACUAUGAAGCGUGGGUAAGCACGACGCUAGCGGCAAUUUCGAAAAAUUCCAGAAGAGACAAACUGUUUCUGGAGAAACAAAGCAUUUUGCAAAGCUUCCAGCGAGCGCUGACAGAAAGACCAGAAACACCUGAGUUGGUAUACGAAAAUUUCACAGAUGAAAAGUAUACGGGAAGGAUAAAAGUCAAGCAGAGAUAAAUUAACGAUUUUUGUUUAUUGUGUCUUUAAUAGAAAGUUCCAAUAAAAUUAUUGAUGGUGAUAUGUAAGCACAGGUUCAGAAGUGUGAAUUCUAAUGAAAUA